AUGGAGGAUGCAAUUACGGUGGCGCCACCAUGGAUGAUGGGGGUAGACUAUGCUUUUUUCACCGUUUACGACUGGCACGGAGGGUCUAAGGUGGCAGAAGAAUGCAGUAAGAGGUUGCAUAAGUAUCUUGAGAAGCAUAUAGAAAAGGAAAAGAAAUUGCCGGAGAAAGUAGAAUUUGACUGGAAAAAAGUGAUGGGUGAUUGUUUUAAAAGUAUGGAUAAAGAGGGAGAAGUUGGAGUGGAAGGCGAUGGCGAGAUAGCAGCAGCAAAGUGGAGGAAGGAUGGGUUGACGGCCUUGCCUGAUAGACAAGAUGAGAGGGAGAGGAUAGAAGCUUUGGGAGGAAGAGUCCUAAACUGGAACGGUUGGCGAGUAUAUAGUGGGUUGGGACAUUCUGCCUCGCCUAGCGAUCAGUAUAUAAGACCUUUAGUAAUAUCCGAGCCGGAGGUUAAGGUCCAAAGACGAACGGAGUUUGAUGACUUUGUUAUAAUAGCAACGGGGGAUGUGGUGUCAAAUGAGGUUGCAUGUAAAGUUGUGAGACAAAGUCUUGACAGGAACAAGAGCCAAAGUGGUGCUACAGAGGCAACAGCAACACUAGCGGAGCUUGCCAUUGCUAAGGAAAGCAGAGACAACAUCAGUAUUGAUACCGACAUUUUCUACAUAUCCUGA